AUGGCUGCCGAAGCUCCCAAGAACGAUAAAGUGGUGUUCGAUCCAGCGUCUCAGUCACGGAAGACCACGCGUGCUGGAGAGCACAUUCAGAAGGUGAAGGACGUUCCCGACUUCGCUCCUCCGGACAUCUAUGUCGCCAAGCUCGAGCCCAAGGAGGUUCUCCACAACCUCUCCGUCGCUGAGCUGUACGAGCAAGCCAUCGCCCAUGAGGAGGGCAACUUCAUCGUCUCCACCGGCGCGCUGUGCGCCAUCUCCGGCCAGAAGACCGGUCGCUCCCCCAAGGACAAGCGCGUCGUCAAGGAGAGGGACCACGCUGACGACAUCUGGUGGGGCGAAGGCUCACCCAACUACGAGAUGGACGAGUACACGUUCAUGGUGAACCGCGAGCGCGCCAUCGACUACCUGAACACGAUCGGCAAGGUGUACGUGCAGGACAUGUUCCUCAGCUGGGACCCCAAGCUGCGCAUCAAGGUCCGCAUCGUGUGCGCGCGUGCCUACCACGCGCUCUUCAUGCACAACAUGUGCAUCCGUCCCACGGAGGAGGAGCUCAAGGACUUCGGCGAGCCGGCCUUCACCAUCUACAACGCGGGCCACUUCCCCGUGAACCGCCUCUCCAAGUACAUGUCGUCGGGCACCUCCGUGGACAUCGAUCUGAACCGCAACGAGAUGGUCAUCCUCGGUACCGAGUACGCGGGCGAGAUGAAGAAGGGGCUCUUCUCCCUCAUGAACUACCUCAUGCCCAAGCAGGGCGUGCUGUCGCUCCACUCCGGUGCUAACAUGUCCAAGGACGGCCAGGUCUCGCUCUUCUUCGGUCUGUCCGGUACCGGCAAGACGACCCUUUCUACCGAUCCCAACCGUUACCUGAUCGGUGAUGACGAGCACACGUGGGGUGAUGACGGUGUCGCGAACAUCGAGGGCGGGUGCUACGCCAAGUGCAUCAACCUGAGCAAGGAGAACGAGCCGGAUAUCUACAACGCGAUCCGGUUCGGAUCAGUUGUAGAGAACGUUGUCUUCGACCCGCACACGCGCGUCGUCGAUUACGACGACGGCAGCAUCACGGAGAACACGCGCGUGUCGUACCCCAUCGAGUACAUCGCCAACGCUAAGAUCCCGUGCGUCGCAGGCCAUGCGACGAACGUGAUUCUCCUCACGUGCGACGCGUUCGGCGUGCUGCCGCCCGUCAGCCGGCUGACGCUCGAGCAGACCAUGUACCACUUCAUCUCCGGAUACACCGCCAAGGUGGCCGGCACUGAGAUGGGCGUGACCGAGCCCGAGGCCACCUUCUCGGCGUGCUUCGGCGCGGCCUUCAUGAUGUGGCACCCGUACAAGUACGCCACACUGCUGGCGGAGCGCAUCAAGAAGCACGGCAGCACGGCGUGGCUCGUCAACACCGGCUGGACCGGCGGCGCAUACGGCGUGGGGCACCGCAUGAGCAUCAAGCACACGCGCGCCAUCAUCGAUGCUAUCCAUGACGGCUCGCUCGCCAAGGCUGAGACGGUCACCACGCCCGUGUUCAACCUGCUCGUGCCCACCACCUGCGCCAAUGUCCCCAACGAGUGCCUGCAGCCAGAGACCCUGUGGGCGGACAAGGCCAAGUACCGCGAGACGUUGGAGAAGCUGGGCAAGUUGUUCCAAAAGAACUUCGGCAAAUUCACCGAGUUCGAGAUGGGCGGCACCUCACAGCGCAUUCCCGAUGCGCUGGCAUGGUUGUGUAGUACUUUGUGCCGUUUCGAAUGCCCUCUCGCCGCCUUCCUAUCUCAUCUCGCUCGCCCUCCCGUUCCGAUCGACCGUCCUGACGCCGUCCCAUCGACCAUCCUGACGCCGUCCCAUCGACCGUCGCGUCGCGAUCAUGUCGUCCGUCCCGUCGACGUCCCGUCGCCCUCCUACCGUCAUCUCCAUUACCCCUCUCCUCCAAUCACCCUCGCGAUUUUCCUGUCGCAAAUCUCUCUCUCGCCGCUCCCUUUCCUGAACCAAUCGCCUUCUCCUCUCCCUUCUCGUCGCUCUCUCUCUCGCUGCUCCCUUUCCGUUGCAAUCGCCUUCUCCCAUCCCUUCCCGUCGCUCUAUCUCUCUCCCCUCCCUUCCCGUCGCUCUAUCUCUCUCCCCUCCCAUCCCAUCGCUCUAUCUCUCUCCCCUCCCUUCCCGUCGCUCUAUCUCUCUCCCCUCUCUUCCCGUCGCUCUAUCUCUCUCCCCUCCCUUUCCGUCGCUCUAUCUCUCUCCCCUCCCUUUCCGUCGCUCUAUCUCUCUCCCCUCCCAUCCCGUCGCUCUAUCUCUCUCCCCUCCCUUACCGUCGCUCUAUCUCUCUCCCCUCCCUUGCCGUCGCUCUUGCUCUCUCCCCUCCCUUCUCGUAGCCUUAGAUGCAGCCGUCGCAAAUUCCUCUCCCACCCACCAUCACCCACCCCAUCGCCUUCUCGUCCCCCGCCCACUUUCUCCUCCCAUCGCCUGCCUGGUCGCCUUCGCGCUCGCACUCAAACGCUCUCCCCGCGCCCUUCCUCUCUCCCUUCCCAUCACCGACCUCGUCGCCCUCGUGCUCGUCCCGAAAUGCCUUCCCAUCGCCUUUCGUCUCUUCUCCCCAAUCAUUAA